AAGGAAACUUCAGCGACCCUAUAAAGUGUAUGUAUGGUCAGCAUGACGAGCUGAAUCGAUUCAGACAUGUCCUCUUGCCUGUCUGAAUAUAUACGAAUUAGUCCCUCAGUUUUAAAAUUUUGCACGCGUCCUUUUCUCUGAAAAAAGUUGUUAAAUUUUCUGAUCCGCCGAUAUCAGACCCUACAUGUAUAUCAUAUAGCUCAAGUUCUUAUAUGAAAACCUUUCUCAUUUGACAAGAUAUUUUCACGAAAAUUUACAUGAUUUCUUCCGAUACCAUCUCUGAAGAAAUUUUUCAGACCGAACCACUACAGCAUAUAGCUUUGAUACAGAGAUUCAAGUAUUUGUAAAGAAAAAUUUGGCGAGGAUUAUUGUCCAUGGCACGGCUACAAUAUCCGAACAAAUUGUUCAGAUCGGACCGCUAUAACAUGUGGAGCAGUCAUACAAACCGACCGAUCAAAAUAAAGCUCUUCUAUGUUUUGUAUAUAAAAAAAAAUUUUACCCAACUUGUAUAUCUCCUUAAGCUAACAUCUUUAAUGUGCAUUAAUUGAGAUCGAUAGUAUUAGACAAAAUAUGCUUUUAUUUCAAAAUAACCGUGCAAAUAAUAAUCCUAACAUAUUAUAUUGCAUAUCUUUCAAAGCCCCGUAUGGAUUUGCAAAGCAAUUUCAUAAAAGAAACCAUAAAAUACAUCAACUUUCUAGACUCAAAAUUAUUUAAUUGAUUGGUGCUUAGUUGGAAAAUUUUAGUUGUAUCGAAUAUAUUACUAAACAUCGGCGAACCCAUACUAGCAGAUAACCCUUGCACCUGCUGACAGAAUGCAUAAGGCUAUAUAAAACAACUUUAUCUGCCGAUUAAUUCAUUUGUUGUUAACGAUCUAAAGAUAUGACAUCGAGGAAACAGUUUAUAGCUGUGUAAAAAAAAUUUGCUACCAAUUAUUCACAGCUCUCUGCCAAUGUUUUCUCUCUCGCUCAAUAUUUUCCAUUUUUCAAUAAAAAUAUAAAAUACUUGUAUAUAAGCUUAAAGUUUCAUAUGAAUGUACGUAAACAUUUCCUUCAUGCUAGCUAUGGUUCACCUUAUUAAGCCGGUCGCUUGGCAGUCCAUCGGCGAUCGCCACUACAUUUAAAUCGUCUAUCAGUUCAAAUAGUAAACGACGAGAAUUAAAAAUAAAAGUGCACAGCUGUUAAUUCUAAAUCGAUUUAUUUUUUAAUGCUUUUAAAUUUCGUUCGCGUAAUCCAACGUGAUAUAAUUGCAGAAACGAGGCACACAAAAUAAUUUGCGGAGCUGCCACUGUAAUCCGUAUAAUAGGUGCACAUACAGCCAUUAGCCAUGCCUGGAACGGCAAUCCAGAUAAUAAACACAUCGGAGGAGCAUACUUUUCUGCUCAACGAAGAUGCAUUGAGCGAAGUGUUAAUGCGCGACGAGGUGAAAGAUCGCUUCGUUUGCGUCGUAUCGGUGGCGGGGGCAUUUCGCAAGGGCAAAAGUUUUCUGCUUGACUUUUUCCUACGCUACCUAUACUCCAAGUAUGUGCGCCAUGAUGUGGUAACCGAUUGGAUUGGUGAUGAGAAUGAACCGCUAACAGGCUUUUCGUGGCGCGGCGGUUCUGAACGUGAUACCACUGGUAUUUUAAUGUGGUCCGAAAUAUUUCUGCACGAUUAUCCGAACGGCGACAAGGUGGCCAUCAUUUUACUCGACACACAGGGUGCAUUCGACAGCCAGAGCACAGUGCGUGAUUGUGCUACCGUUUUUGCGCUCAGCACAAUGGUUUCAUCCGUGCAGAUAUAUAAUUUGUCACAAAACAUACAGGAAGACGAUUUGCAGCAUUUGCAAUUGUUCACAGAAUAUGGUCGCUUAGCAUUGGCCGAUACAGGCAAAAAGCCGUUUCAACGCUUACAGUUUCUGGUGCGCGAUUGGAGUUUUCCAUACGAGGCUGAGUAUGGCGCUCUGGGUGGCGAUAAGAUACUUAAGCGCCGCCUAGAAGUGUCAGACAAACAGCACCCGGAACUGCAGUCGUUGCGACGACAUAUUGCAGCCUGUUUCAUGGAAGUGGCAUGUUUCUUGAUGCCACAUCCAGGCUUAAGUGUAGCGACCAAUCCUAAAUUCGACGGACGUCUCAAGGAUAUCACACCCGAGUUCAAACAAAGUCUACGCACAUUUGUACCAAUGCUGCUGUCGCCGGACAAUUUGGUAUAUAAGGAAAUCAGUGGCCAACGGGUGCGUGCACGAGACCUCAUACAGUACUUCCAGUCAUAUAUGAGCAUCUACAAGGGCAAUGAGUUGCCCGAGCCGAAAAGCAUGCUUGUCGCCACCGCCGAAGCUAACCAUUUGACAGCCGUUGCAUCAGCGAAGGAGCUUUACAAUCAGCUAAUGGAGGAGGUUUGUGGCGGAACUAAACCGUACUUAAGCACGGCACAUUUAGAGACCGAGCACUUCCGCAUCAAAGAUCAGGCGUUAUUCCAAUUCGCAUCGAAACGAAAAAUGGGCGGCGAGGAGUUCUCUGAAAAGUUCCGGCAACAAUUGGAUGUGGAUCUGGAAGACUCCUACGUCACUUACAAAGCGCACAAUGAAAGCAAAAAUAUUUUCAAGGCUGCACGCACGCCAGCCGUAUAUUUUGCCUCGGCAGUUAUUUGUUACGUACUAAGCGGAAUAUUUGGCCUCGUCGGCCUCUACACAUUUGCCAACUUCUGUAAUCUAGUAAUGGGUGUUGCCCUAUUAACAUUGGCGUUGUGGGCGUAUAUUAGGUACAGCGGUGAAAUGGGUGAUUUCGGUGUUAAAUUGGAUGAGUUUGCGACGUUUAUGUGGGAAAACUUUAUGAAGCCCAUAUAUCAGGGUUGCAUGGAGAAGGGCAUACAACAUGUGGCAACGCAUGCUGCCGAAGCGGCGAUCGGUGGACGCACAUCAUCGUCGGCAAUGAAUGGCAAAGUGAAGAAGUCAUGAGAAUACGCCCAACGAUCUCUUCAGCAACAGCAACAACAGCAACAGCUACAACAAAAAAAUCAAACAAAUUCUAAAGGGAAAACAGCAGCAACGAAAACCAACAACAAUAACAAUGUGACUCAACAGAAAAUUACAAGAGCGGCAGCAACAGCGUCAUACAGUGGUGGCGAUAUUGGCGACACCGCCGGCAAAACGAUGAUCACGCAAAUAUGGUCCCGUAUAAUAGGUGCGUCCUCGAAUGCGCAAAUGAAUUUUGCUCAAACGGCCAAUGCAGCAGCACACCAAUACGCCACCGUCACAACCCCGAAUAGUGAGGCCAACAGCAGCAGCGGUAGUAAUACAACAAACAUAAAUAAUGCGGCUAGCAAUCGCAAAAAGCGAAGAGCCAAAAAGUGAACGUAUUGUAUAUAAAAAAAAAAAAAAAUUGAAAAACAAAAGAAAAAAACUCGCCCAACACCCAUCAAACCUAUUGGUUAGCUAAAAUGCGUUUUUUCGCGCAUUCGUUGAUAAAUAUACUUACGUAUAGUUCUGUUGUGCAACUCCACGCAUGGAAAACAUUAUAAAAUACUUCAAUACUUAUCGCAUAGUCUACACUCGGGCGCGUAGUAUUUUGAUGUCAUUACGGAGUUUCACGAUUAGACCACUUACUUGUCCAGCAUUUACCCAUACUCGCUAAAUACUAAUAUAACUGAUAUUGUCCACACUAGCAACACUGUUAAGGAAAAUACGGGCCUCGGUUACUGUUGUUAUUGUAUGCAAUAUGAAAGAUUUUGUUAUUUUUUUUUUUUUUUUUGUUAUAACUACUUCUAUAACUGUACUGUUUUCAAUGCUGCCUUGCAGCGCCAAUUGAAUAAAACUUACAAACUUUAAGAAACCGUGUCGACGAACGUCUAUACCAUUGUAAAUUGUAAGCUUUGCAUGAAUUCGGUUACAAAUAAAACCCUACAUGUAGAUACAAUUAAAUUUCGAAUAACGUUUCUACUCAAUUUUGAGCAAUACACUUAACGGUACAUUGUCCAACUGUCGAAAACUGCGGUGUUGUAUGCAUGUAAUAGAAGCAAUGUUGCGGCUGUUGAUGAAAAUCAGCCUUACCUUUAUGCCCGUUACAAAAAAAAAAGUCGUAAAUAAAAUAUAAUUAUCUUAGUAGAAAUAAUAAAAA